AUGGACCGUAUAGAUCAUCUGCGCCGAGAGAUCUCGCUCCGUGAGUCCGAGCUCGCGGAGCUGAGAUCUCAACUUGCACUCGCUGAAUCUGAGCAUCGUCUCGCGAAGCAAGCCGAGCCCUGGGCUUGGCCUUUGAGUGGUGAAGAAUACCUGCGCUAUUCACGGCAGAUGAUCGUCCCCAACUUUGGUAUCGAGGCUCAACUUCAGCUCAAGGCCGCCAAGAUCCUCAUCAUUGGCGCAGGAGGUCUAGGCUGCCCAGCGGCGACCUAUCUUGCGGCCGCCGGACCUUCGCACAUUGGCCUCGUGGACGGAGACACUGUUGAAAAGUCGAAUCUGCACCGCCAAUUUGCCCAUGCAACCUCUCGCGUCGGACAGACCAAGGUCUCCAGUGCGAUCACGUUCCUCAAGGACUUGAAUCCGAACGUGGCGUACAAGGCAUAUCAAACAAAUCUGUCAACGUCAAAUGCCGAAGAGAUCGUCAGAGAAUGGGACAUUGUGCUGGACUGCACAGAUCAUCCCACCUCGAGGUACCUCAUCUCGGAUAUAUGCACUCUGCUGGGGAAGAGACUUGUAUCCGCCAGCGCCUUUCAAAAAAGCGGACAAAUGAUGGUCCUCAACGAUCCACCCGGUCAGGGACCUUGCUACAGGUGUGUAUUUCCCAAACCUCCACCGCCGGAGAGUGUCGUUGGCUGCGGUGAGGGUGGGAUUCUGGGGCCCGUGGUCGGCACAAUGGGUGUUCUCCAGGCCCUGGAGACUCUCAAGGUCAUCAACAGGGAAGCGCCACCAGAGAAGAACAUGAUGUUGCUGUUCAGCGGCAUGGCAGAGACGCCGUUUCGAUCAAUCAGGAUGCGAGGGAAGCGCAAAGACUGCUUUGCCUGCGGGGAGAAUCCUAGCCUGACCCUAGAAGGGCUGCAAACCUCCAUGGACUAUGUUCAGUUCUGUGGCGUGCGGCAACCGGUGUCUCUUCUACAGCCAGAGGAGCGUAUCAGUGUCAAAGACUAUGCUGAGAGUAUCAUGGGCAAGGGCCAUGUCCUUUUGGACGUGAGGGAGAAGGAGUUAUUUGGGCUCUGCCACCUUGCUGGGGCCGUCAACAUCCCAAUAGGCAGAUUCAUGAACUAUCGUGGGGAAGAAGUGCCGCACUGGGUGACAGACACCAUCCCUGGUGGUGAGCCAAUCUACGUUGUGUGCAGAGUGGGCAACGAUUCUCAAAUUGCGGCGCAAAAGCUCAUGGACAUGGGAUUGGGCAAGAAUGGGCGCUUCAUCGGAGAUAUUGAAGGCGGGCUUGUUGCUUGGAAACAGGUCGUUGACCCCGACAUGCCCUUUACAUGA